AGAAAAGAAAAAAAAUACAGUUUAUCAUUUCUCGGAUCUUCGGAAAUGUCAAAGUCUCCGUGGGGGAACAUCGGCGACUGGGCUGCUGAAGCCGAGCGAGAGGAAGCGGAGGAGCGCGAGCUCGCUGUCUCCGCCGCCGCUGCUGCAGGGGACUCUCAGAAGUACCCAAGCCUUAGGGAGGCUGCCACCCCCAAGCAGAAGAAGAAGACGAAGAUGAGCUUGCAGCAGUUCACGAUGCAGAGCUCGUAUGGCUCAGGCCAUGGCUACGGCUCCACUAGCCGCUUGACGCCGGAAGAGAUGCUCCGCCUCCCUACGCCUCCCAAAGACCGGUCCGCCCCGGAAAUGCAACAAGGGUUCUCUAACUAUGGGGCCAGGUCACCGGGUCGGAUCCGAGAUCGAGACCUCGAUGGCGAGGCUUCCUGGGGCGGCGAUCGGAGGCAAUUUGGGGGAUUUGAUAAUGAACAACGGAAGGGCCCACCAUCUAGGGCUCCAGAUUUCGAUCAACCCUCCAGAGCUGACGAGGUUGAUAAUUGGGCUUCCGCGAAGAAACCCUUACCAUCGUACAAUUCUACUCCUACUCAAGCUCCUGCUCGUUCAAAGUAUGGUGAGAAGGGCAUAGAUUGGAGGAAGAUUGAUUUGGUCUCAGAGCAUCAAUGCAAUGAAAGACCAGAGUCAGAAGAGGAGAGGAAAUUGAUAGAAGAAAGGGAGGCACUGCAGAGCUCUGGUGAAGGCAAAAAAAAAUGGAAUAGUAAGGCAAGGGCAUGUUUGCCUCCCCUUCAACCACUUUCAAUCAGCAGGCCAAAGGCUGAGGAGUGGCCUAGUGCUGGGUCAGAUGAUCUAGGUGUGUGGCCAAACAACCCGCCUACUCCCCGAGUACGCCUUGGGCCAAUUACCAUCCAGGAGACUUCGACGUUCGAGCAACCUCCUAGGGAAUUUCAGUUCAAGCGAGACAAGCUUGCUUUCUUUAAUAAGGAAUGCUCGAAGAUUGUGGGUCAUAUAUACUUAGGGAGUGAGACCAUUGCCAAGGAUCGUGAGAUUCUUCGUCAUAAUGGGAUCACUCAUGUUUUGAAUUGCGUUGGGUUUAUUUGUCCGGAAUACUUUAAGGGUGAUCUGGUGUACAAGACACUCUGGCUACGGGACAGCCCGACUGAGGACAUCACGAGCAUUCUCUAUGAUGUUUUCGAUUACUUUGAAGAUGUUCGAGAACAAGGUGGACGAGUCUUUGUUCAUUGUUGUCAAGGGGUGUCCAGAUCAACCUCUUUGGUUAUAGCGUAUCUAAUGUGGAAGAAGGAGCAGAGCUUCGAAGAUGCUUUUCAGCAUGUGAAAGCAACAAGAGGGGUGACAAACCCGAAUAUGGGUUUUGCGUGCCAACUUUUGCAGUGUCAAAAGCGGGUUCAUGCUCUACCUGUAAGCCCGACUUCUGUGCUGAGGAUGUAUAGGAUCGCACCCCACUCUCCAUAUGAUCCCCUCCAUCUUGUUCCAAAAAUGUUGGGUGAACCAGGAGUUAAAGCACUUGAUUCUCGCGGAGCGUUCCUUGUUCAUGUUCCCUCGGCUAUAUAUGUGUGGAUAGGAAGGCACUGUGUUUCAGUAAUGUCAGACAAUGCUAGGGCAGCUGCUGAUCAGGUUGUCCGGUAUGAAAAAGCUCAGGGUCCAGUUCUAAUCCUCAAAGAAGGUGAAGAGCCAUCUGAGUUUUGGGAAGCUCUUGGCAAUGAAAAGUUCUUUGUUAAUAAAUUGGAGAUAAAAAAUGAGGGAAUUGUGUCUGCUAGGAAUUCUAUGAACGCUUCUAGCAUCACUUCUAGUGUUGGUUUAAGGAAGGUGAGCGAAUAUGAUUUAGAUUUUGAAAUUUUCCACAAGGCUGUUGCUGGUGGGGUUGUACCGCCAUUUCCAUUAUCGGGGACUGGAUUUGAGACUUGUCUUCCUGCUAGGGCAAAUGGUUGGAACAGAUUGAGGCAAAAGUUUGCCAGUGGCGUUAUGAAAGAAUUCAUCUUGUCAUCUAAAAUGAGCAAUAACGAUGUGAAAGCAAGUCAGGGACUCGGUAUGAUAGAUGCCUCUUUAGAAAUCUCUCCCGUUGAGCCUUCAUCACCUUCAAGUCCUCAGUGCGAGUCACCAGACUCGUUUUCUUCUUAUGCUACUAGCAGUCCUAGUUGGCUGAAGGAUCCUUGUAAAGAUACCGAGUGUGCGACUCCUGAGCCUUUACUAUCACCUACACCUUCAUUCAGUUCGUUAGAUUCUCUUUCCUGUUUUCUUCCCCGUAAACCAAAGUCUAGCUCCACAUCCCCUUCACUUUCAUCAACCUCGGACUACUCCAGUUCCUUCACUUUCUCUCCCACUUCUUCUAACUGGUCUGACUUGUCAUACCUAUCUGCACAACCUUCACCUUCUGGAUUGGAGUCCAAAGAUCCAUAUGUGUUGCAUGGAUCCUUAAAAGAAGACCCAUGUUUACUUUGUAAACGAACUUUGACUCAAACUGAAGAAUCAUUCCCAACCACUCAUAUGGCUAGAGUAACAAACACUUGUUCACCGUGUCGAGGGGUUUCCCCUUCCCCCUUAAUAGCGGAGUGUAAAGGAAGUCACCCUCCACCGCGCAUGAUGUUGACUUCUAUCGAUGAGACUCCCCAACUUCCUUCCAAUUUGGUAAGAACGUGGUCAUUUUCUCGACCCGAUGUAGAAGAUGUUGUAAUGAGGGGUGAUGAGUGCAACAAUUUAGAAGAUGGUUCUGUUGAGUUGAGUAGCGAGGAGGCCAUGGUAGACUCUGACACGUUAGUAACUGAUAGUGAAUUCCAUGGCAGAGUUCAAGAUUCAAACGAGGGCGAGAUUGUGUAUGAUGCCCCGGAUGCCAAUCACAGAGUUCAAACAACUAACGUUGCCCUUUAUGAAUGGCCUUCGAUGCAUAAAUUCGAGUUGCCUUGUGGGCCUCUUGAUUCAAGGGCUGUCUAUCUCAUAUUUGUUCCUGAUGUGAGCGUCGACACCAAAAACAACAAUGUUUUGUAUGUUUGGAUAGGGCGUGACGUGCCAUGGAGGCAAAGAAACUGUCAGUCGAUCAACAAUGAUAGCAUGUGGGAUGAUGGUCAUAUCCAGUGGGAGGCAGUUGGACACAAUUUUCUUCUUGAAAAGCAUCUGGUUAGAUCUGUUGUACAGAUAGUGAAUCAAGGCAAGGAACCUGAUCAUCUCCUUAAAAACCUACUGACCCUGCCUCUCUCAAGAACACACUGAAUGUUGCAGUAAUUAGGUGAGAGGUAUUGUAAUCUUUGGUUUUUCAAUCGUUGUGCAUCACCUUGGCAAGCAUCUUAGCAGUGGCGAUUACACGAAAUAGCUAAUGGCAUCCUAGGUAGAUGUUCUCGACUUUCUGCCCGUGUGAUGUGUGGAAGGAAAUGAUGGAUCUUUUGUUCGAGGAGGAGAUACAUGCAUGUUAUAUGUACAAAGAAAAAGAAGAAAUUACUGUUGUCUUAGGAAUUACAAGUAAAUAAUUUUUGUCACUAAUAAGCCUCUACACCAACUCUUAAAAUUGUUUUAUGUUUGCCAACAGAUACAUUCAGUCUACUCUGCCUACCUACCUCUAUUCCUUUCCAUUUUUAACUCUCAA